AUGUGGUUUCCACAGAGACGCGCAAGCCCUCCCUCCAGUGCUGACAGGUACAUCUCUCCUCCAAUCAAGCUCACGCCCUGCUGGACAAAAGAGGAAAAGCAAGAGCAGCCGGCCGCCAGGGAGAAGUUGGAACUCAGGUAACAGCCAGACGGGAAGUUCUGCUCAGACACGUGGCUGGCCACAGGUUGGAGGGAGCCUGCGAACACACCUGGAGGGGCUGCGGCCGCAGUCGAGUGAUCGAUCCUGAGGAUGGCGCUGCUGCGGUGGCUGCUGCUCCUGGCCCCCUGGGGAGUGGCAGGGGCUGAACUAGGGAGGUUCUGGCACAUCUCUGACUUGCAUCUAGACCCCAACUACACGGUAUCCAAAGACCCCCUCCAGGUGUGCCCAUCAGCCGGCUCCCAGCCUGUGCUAAAUGCCGGCCCCUGGGGUGACUACCUCUGUGAUUCUCCUUGGGUCCUUGUCAACUCUUCCAUCUACGCCAUGAAGGAGAUUGAGCCAAAGCCAGACUUCAUUCUCUGGACAGGGGAUGACACACCGCACGUCCCCAACGAGAGGCUAGGGGAGGCAGCUGUGUUGGCCAUUGUGGAACGUCUGACCAGCCUCAUCAGGGAGGUCUUCCCAGAUACUAAAGUCUAUGCUGCUCUAGGAAAUCAUGACUUUCACCCUAAAAACCAGUUCCCAGCCGAGAGCAACAGCAUCUACAAUCGGGUGGCGGAACUGUGGAGACCCUGGCUUAGCAAUGAGUCCUUCGCUCUCUUCAAAGAAGGUGCCUUCUAUUCUGAGAAGUUGCCGGGUCCCAGCAGGGCAGGGCGAGUUGUGGUCCUCAACACCAAUCUGUACUACAGCAGCAACGAGCGGACAGCCAGCAUGGCCGACCCCGGCCAGCAAUUCCAGUGGCUGGGAGAGGUGCUGAGCAAUGCAUCCCGGGACGGGGAGAUGGUGUACAUUAUUGGCCACGUGCCCCCAGGGUUCUUUGAGAAGACACAGGACAAGGCCUGGUUCCGAGAGAGCUUCAACGAGGAGUACCUGAAGGUGGUCCAGACGCACCAUCGUGUCAUAGCGGGGCAGUUCUUUGGACACCACCAUACCGACAGCUUCCGGAUGUUCUAUAACAGUGCAGGUGCCCCCAUAAGCGUCAUGUUCCUCACACCUGGGGUCACCCCAUGGAAGACCACAUUACCUGGAGUGGUCAAUGGAGCCAACAACCCAGGCAUCCGUGUUUUUGAGUAUGAUCGAGUCACACUGAACCUGCAGGACAUGGUGACCUACUUCUUGAACCUGAGUCAGGCGAAUGCACAAGAGACCCCACAUUGGGAGCUGGAAUACCGCCUGACAGACGCCUACCAGGUGCAGGAUGCAGGCAUCAGCUCCAUGCAUAUGGCCCUGACCCGCAUCGCCAGUGACGAGCACAUUCUGCAACGUUAUUACAUCUAUAACUCAGUCAGCUAUGACUAUUCGACCUGUGGGGACAUCUGCCGCACUGAGCAUGUGUGUGCUAUGCAACAGGUGGCCUUCAACACCUAUGCUACCUGCUUGCAUGGCCUUGGCUCUCAGCUGGUGCCUGGUCUCCUGCUCAUGCUGACUCUGCUGCCAAGCCUGCAUGGAUUGGUGGUGCUAUGACUGUAGGCAAUGCCAACCUACCCUCUUACUGGGUUACCUUUCUCCCGGUAAAAUUGGGCAGUGUCACCCCAUGGAGAGAUGACCGUCGCCAUCAGUCUCCCGUGUCUGCGGAGAAUAAACUAGGAUGGGACAUUUGGAUUCACCAGAGAGGUCCCUAAGAAGCAUAUUUCUUCCAAGUUUCACGUUUUAUCCACAAAACAUGCUCGUGGUACAUGUCUUUGUGCAUUAUUCCCUUUAAUACAUAUGUUUCAAACUA